AUGACAGAUAACAUACAAAAACCACUUACAGAUACCGAUAAACCACUUGCAAGCACCGCAGAGGGUGCACUUUCUGAGCCAAUAAAGCCGACAACGAUAGCCCUAAAAUGUAAGCGAUGCCGCUGUACAGUUGUCACAAGUGACUACUUCGUUGAGCAUGAACAAGGUGCUGGACAGCCAGCUUUCGCGUACAGGAAGCGCGAUGCAAAUGCAGCAAGAAGCUCAAAUAACGUCUGUAAAGCUUAUUUUAUCGAGCCAAUGGAAUGGAUAACGGCCAGGAGACAAGAGGAACUAGAUGGAAAAAUAAUAUGUCCCAAAUGUGAAGCGAAAUUAGGAAACUACAAUUGGGCUGGAAUGCAAUGCUCUUGCGGGAAAUGGAUAACUCCUUCGUUUUCAAUACAUAAGGAUCGAGUAGACGAAAAAGCGGUUCAUCAGGGUCAAACAAGCGGGCAUAGCCUGACUGUUGCUGCACCCAGCAAGGCUAGUACUGCAUUCGAGCUUCUCCUAAAAGCUCCUCGCUUCUUUCCGACUGCUAUCAGCAAUAACAUAAAAGUUAGCACUCAAAAACUCAAACGAGCGGCUAAAGGCAAUAAACAUGGCAAAGACAAUCUACCACCAUUUCCCUCAGCAAGCUUCUAUUCACCCGAGUCAAGCCAAGCACAGCCCCCUCUUCGGGACGAGAGUCAAUCUGCAUCCUCAAGUAAAGAGAAAGGAACUAUUUCUCAGCGUCGACCGUCUGAAACGCCUCGAGUCAAUGAUUUAAUAGUCCCUGGAAAUUCUCAUAAUAGUUCUCGUAAAUCUAGUGAAAACGCAAGAGCCGGCGUUCCUGCAAUCAGACUCGAACACGUAGGUGAUUCUGUAAAGGCUGCUCCCUUUAUUGCACGAAGUAAUUCGAUAACAAAUAUUGCGGCUACAAAAGAUGGCUUUCUAAAUAGAAAGAUUGAAUCCGGAACAAAAGCUUCCUCGUUAUCUAGAGGAUGGAGGGUAUAUCGCGUAAUAUUGAGAGGCUACAAAUUGUAUUUUUAUAAACCGCCAUCAGAAGCUGUUCUCAAGACUUUCUUUGAGAACAAUAAAGAUUUAACGGGAAACGAUCUUACUUUGCUAUCGCCGGAAAUGCAACAUGAUUGUGGCAUGACUUUACAAGCUGCGAACUUUGAAUCUGAAGCUUGUUAUGAGGUAGAUCGUUCCGCGGCAAUGCAUUUCAAAAAACACGUUUGCUUGCUUAUUUUCGAGGAUAGUGUAGUCAUUUGCAAACGCAAGUGGGUCAGAUAUACCAGUGUCAAGGUGUUGGAUGCUAUGGGUGUAUUUAAAUCUGGCAAUAGUUCUUCUACGAAUUUAGUGUCUAGUAAUGUUGACGGAAAAGAUUGGGAUACACGGUCGAUAAGCAGUGUUAGAGUUGCAACAGAGACUGAUGCUUCGGGAAGUAAUAAGAGUAAAGGAUAUUUUAGUAAAUGGAAGCUCGAUGCUUGUUAUCCCAUUCAUUGCAUCGAUGUUGUUCCGGACCCAAACUUUCCUUCUGGUUUCUCUUCCUUCAUCACACCUUCUUCACAGCAAAACUAUUUCGUACCGAGUAGGCCCAACGAUGACGCGUCUUCCAUACGUUCCGGUUCAUCCGCCGUUUCUGCAGUACAAAAUAAUUCUUCUACAGGGGUGCUAUUAUACUUAUCAAUUGAGGAUGGUGAUCAGCAGGCUUGCCGCGUGUUUGUGCCAUCAAGUGCCGAAGUCAAAGCUGCAUGGACAAACAAGUUAUUCGCCGCCAAGGAAGCAAGUCUAAGGAAAGAAAUGAAAGCAAGAUCGUCAAGGGGCGACUCUGCGAACAAGCUUAGACUCAACAUGACGGACGCGAAUUUACGUCAAGUUAGGCGCGCUGGGGACUCAACAGAUAAGUCAAUCGGUGGAUCGGAUGGGACAGGCGUUAAGAAGACUCGAGCUUAUUGGAGUCGAGACAAACAUCCGGGGUUGAUUGUAAAGCAAAUACAAGUAGAAGAAGAAGCUAUCCGGGAGGAUGAAAACACUGUUUCUGCGGAUGUUGUUUUCAAAAAGGAAUCUAUUCAUGAUAUAUCAGCCGCAGAAUCUAACGAAAGCACUGAACCGAAGCAUGCAACCGAAGAGACGCAUGAGGUACGUCAAUCUGGGACAAUAGAAACGGCUGAUGCGAUAUCAUCUGUCGGAACGGUCAUUAAUGAGACAAUUGAGGAGAGUAUACGUGCAGAGACUCAAACGGAGGAGGAGCAACAAGUUUCUGAGCAAGACGACUCGAUUCAACCCAUCAAGACAAGUGAGAUUAUUCCGGAGGACAAUGUAGUGCAGGAGGACAAUGUAACACCGGAGGAAAGUGCAGCACUGGAGGACAAUAUAACACCGGAAGAAAGUGCAGCACUGGAUGACAAUGUAGCACCGGAGGAAAAUGCAGCACUGGAGGACAAUGUAACACCGGAAGAAAGUGCAGCACUGGAUGACAAUGUAGCACCGGAGAAAAAUGCAGCACUGGAGGAAAAUGUAGCGCCGGAGGAAAAUGCAGCACUGGAGGAAAAUGCAGCGCCGGAGGAAAAUGCAGCGCCGGAGGACAAUGUAGCGCUGGAGGACAAUGUAGCGCUGGAGGACAAUGUAGCGCCGGAGGACAAUAAAACGCCGGAUGACAAAGCAGAGGAUCCGUCCGUAGCAAAGGCUGAAACGGAAACAUCCGAAAAAUUAGAAGUUUCGAUCGCUGUAGUCGAAUCUCAACCCGCAGACAAAUCUUCACGAACAUUCGCUACACCAGUGGUUUCGCAGAGGCAUAUCAGUGGUGGUUCACUCGACUCGCUUAUCCAUGAACUUGUGUUUCAAACACAAAGGAACGUUAAUGAUAAUGAUGACUUGUUGCAUGCUUUUCUCCUUACAUAUACUUUAUUCUCAGAUGCUUCAUACGUAUUCCGUGAACUACGUCGUUGUGCUUCAGACAUUGUACAAAAAUAUGCUGAUGAAGAUAAUGGAGACAUAUUCAAGAAAUCUAUUCUUUCUAGGCUAAUUACUAUUUUUAAAACUUGGUGCAAUAUUUGUGGCGAUGAUCUAGCAAGAGAAGAAGUUCAUAAAGAAAUGACGGAUGUUGUAGCCGAUUUGCUUAUUGACAAACAUGAAGAUGCCGAGGAACUCAGUAAACUAAUUGAGAACACACGAGCGAAUGCAUUUGAAAUCAACCGGAGCGGUGAUCACGAAGAUAUUCCUUUACAGAUUACUUCACAACCUUCUUUGGAUUUCUCGAAUUUGAACGUAACAGGUCUAACGCCCGCAUUAUUCUUAAAAAUGUCGCCUGAUGAAUUAGCACAACAACUUUAUAUAUUCCAUUUUCUUGAACUUCGACGUAACGAUCCAGGCAUGAAUCUGAAGAAUUUCAUUCCAUCGAAAUAUCCACGCCCCUCUUAUUUGCAAAGCUCACUUAAUUUCACAACAUCGGCGCCGCAUUUUGUUACGCGUCUAAUCUUCCACCAUAUCCUCAUUGUGUCCCAGCAAUCUGGUUAUACUUCUCGUCGACCAGCCUUAAUAUCCCAUUGGAUUAAGAUAGGUCAAGCAUGUAAACUGCUUGGUGACAUGACGGGAUGGAUGGCAGUGGCGUCUGGUAUUUGCUCACCUGGUAUAAUUCGAUUGAAGGAAACUUGGGAGCGGGUGGAUGAGCAUUGUAAAAACUUGGUAGUUAAUGAAUGGAGCUCAUUAUUAUCUGAAUACGGUGGUCCGGAUGGUGAGUGUGACGUCGAUGAUAUCCGAAGUCUGCUGCUUAUUGCACAAGAUAAAAAAGAGAAAAGCAAGAGCAGACCUAUACCUUACUUCGGAUUCAUCACGAUAGCACUAGAAAGAAUCAAUUCAUCAGUUCCCGGGUUCAUUGACAAUGCUGGUCGUGGAGGAAGAAAUGCUGAAAGUGGGAUUGUUAAUUUCGACAAGUAUUGGAAGAUGUAUGACGUUGUCACCAAAUCGCUUGAAGCAUGGAAUAUAUACAAAGAUACAGAUGAAUCUGUAAGCGUUUCGUGCCCCUUUGCCUUGAUACAACCUCUUCAAAGAUAUUUCAAACAUUUGAACACCAUCCAAGUUACCGUGAAUACCUGGCAAGUGUUCGAAUCUUCGAUACAGUGCGAACCUACUCUUCAUGGACAAUACUUGGAGUAUCAAGCGAAUGAACGUAAAGUUCAUCAUUCAGCUUAUGUGCCGUUGUUGUUCGUUGAAGUUAUUCCUUCAAAUCGCUUGUUUGAUAGAAAGGCUUUUCUCAGUGCGAGCGGAAAUAUUGGAAGGAAGUCAUCCAGUUCAUCAAUGAAUUCCGUUAGCGAAAACUCGUUCUCUUCUAAUCUUCAGACAGGGAGAUCAAUGAAUGGGUCAGCAGGUGAUAAAGCAUCAGCGAUGCAGAGGAGCUUGUUAGUUCCGGGCCCGCAUACUAGACGUCGCACGCUUUCGUUCCCGCAAGAAAAGAUAAGCCAAUUGACUUCGACGACGUGGAACACUAGUUUGGACCUUGUCACCCGUUCAUGGCUUGGUAAUUUUGUUCAAAAUCGCAGUGGCGACAGCGACUUGCUGAAAUCAAUGAAAGACCUUGCUGGAGUAGACGAAAUGCUCAUAUUUGUUAAAGAUGGCGAUUUGGUAUUCAAGUCUGUAGAAGAUACUGCCUCGGUUUCUCGUCCUGCAAGUAUUGUUGAAUCUCCCCCGCAAUCAAAUGCUGGAGCUUUAUCCAAGCGCAAUUCGGUCCAGGGAGCACCGUAUUCACCACAUGGUAAUGCAUUUUCAGAAUAUGAAGCUCACUUGGUGGUCGUAAAAGCUGGAACUCUCGAACGACUGUUAGACGUACUUGUAAAUGGUGUAGCCGCUUAUAGCACUAGUGUAGUUGAUGACAACGGAGAGCCCCCAUUGGCAACCGGCAGACAGGGUCAAUUGAGUAUUGAUUCUGAGGAAUAUACCGCAACGUUUUUUGCCACUUAUCGGAGUUUCUGUAAGCCGGACGAUCUUUUAGAGGAUCUAAGAAGGAGGUUUGUGAAUGCAAAGAAAUCAGCACGAAUUGAGCCCGAGUCGCAAUCGUCUGACGUACGAGAAAUUGAUUGGAAAGCAGUGGCUAAGAUUCAGUUGAAUGUUUUGAAGUUACUUGAAUAUUGGAUCCAGGAAUUUUUCAAUGAUUUCCUUGAUAACCUUGACACUCGAAGCAAAAUGAUGAACUGUAUUGACGAAUUUAUAUCUGAAGCUGAGGAUUGGGGACGAGCUGCUGCUGACGAGAACUUGAUUAGUUUAUCGAAACGAGUCAUAGAAUCUUCUAAAGACCUAAGGAUGAAAGCCACGCGAAAGUGCUUGGAACCGAUUUGGAAUGCUCAACACGAUCGAUUGAUAGCUGCUGUCGACGCUGUAAUAACCGAUUCACAAACACAUGGUCGAGUAUCGAGUGAUGGCAAUAUACAAAAGGAUGAUGUACAAAUUCUGUCCAUAAAUUCUACAAAUGCUGUUGAUUUAAUAGAGAGUAUAGACCUUACUGUUCUUGGACUAUUUCAGACAGUUACACGUCUUGACUGGCUACUUACUUAUGAACUACUGGAAAUGCAAUCUUCCGACGUUCUUAGUUGGUACCCAAAAAAGCACGCGUCAUACUUGCAGGAAGAAGAUAUCAUAAUAACAGACAUAUUCACAAUGUUUGAGGACACAGCUAGCUCCACAGAUAGUGACAAGCGCAUUGUGGGCUUACUUCCACGUAGAAGACGAAUGGUUAGGUUAGAGAUAUAUCCAAAGAAUGAUACUGCUAAACAAGAUGACGACACAAGAAGAAGCGUACCAUCGUUCGUAGAGAGUGCGAUUGUUUCGGGUUUAAUUAGUCCGGAAAGUAGGCAGUUUACUAGAGCAUGGCUUGAUGUAGCGAUUAAUAGAAAUGGAACAUUUGAGACAUUGGAGGCUUUGCUAUAUGGACUAUCGCCCAAGCCCGCAGAACAGAAUUCGUCAGAGGAAGAGAUUCCACUAGUUCCAUGUGUUGGCUGGUUAUUUGAGAGAAUGUUGGAAAUAUGUUGUAACAUUCCGAAUAUGUCUUUUGACUCUGACAGACUCGUCAACUUUGAUAAAAGACGAUACACACACAACCUCAUCCAAAUAUACAUUCAGUCUCAGCGCGAACUGGUCGUUAACAUUCACAAAAGAGAAGCCAAGGUGGACGUGCAAUAUCUUACUAGUAAGACUGUAACAUCAGGAAUUGGGAAAUUUGAACUUCGACAUAUUAAGGAUUUGGCAGCCAAAGAAAAUGUCGCCCUACGCAUUGCCAAUCUUCCACAAUGGACGGUCAAGAGUCCCAAACCGUUCUGUAAACUGGUUGCCGAACAGCAGGAAAAGAUCAGGCGAGAUAUAAAGGAGAGAGAACGAUUGGCAAAAGAGAUUCGCGAAAAUCAGCACCGAAUAGCUAAGCAUUAUAACGAAGACACAAGGAAAAAAGACAGACAUUUUAAAGAUACUUAUGUAAUGAAACCUGUUAACAGUCUGCUAAAGGCUGUCCGUCCACUUUCGCUAGCUAUUUCUAAUACCUUAUAUCCAUCUUCACAUAACAUUAAGCAGUCUUACAACUCUCAUCAAAGAAAAUCUAAUCCCAAAGCCGCCCUUGUAAUUAAUCUAAUUGAUUGCCAAACAUCGGUUGACUAUGGAAUAGCUCAGAAAGAUUUCGUAUUUCGUCUUGUAACUGAGGACGGCGCUCAAUAUGUCCUUCAGGCAAUAAAUCAAGAGGAGAUGAAUGAUUGGAUGCAUGUUAUUGGUGAAGCCUCUAAUCAAGCACUGAAAAAGAGAAUGACUAUUCCACUCGAGCCGCCUGUGGACGACGACAAGCUUACUUAUGCUGAGCCAAAGACAAGAAAUUCAGUGUAUGGAAAGGAUCUUGCCACGUUAAUGAAGAAUGGAAGUUUGCCAUUAAUAGUUGAAAAGUGUUUCACCGAAAUUGAGAAAAGAGGCCUGGAAGAAAUUGGCAUUUACCGUGUACCAGGGGCAGCACUAUCAGUAGAAAAUCUUCGAUCAGCUUUUAACACAAAUGCCGAGACGGUUGACGUGAGUGUAGAGAAAUAUGGCGACAUCAAUGUUGUUGCAGGAGCACUCAAGUCAUUUUUCCGUAGUCUGCCUGAACCAUUGAUGUCUUAUGAACUCUAUGAUGACUUUAUCAAUGCUACAGGAAUAUCCGAUUAUGAUGAACGUCAUUUAGCAAUUAAAGCACUUCUUCAGCGGCUUCCCGAAUGCAACUACAUCCUUCUAAAGCGGCUAAUUGAGCAUCUCGAAAGAGUAACUGACUAUUCAGAAAUUAAUCAUAUGUAUGCCAACAAUCUUGCUAUAGUCUUUGGCCCGACUCUGCUCAAAGCUCCACCUGGACCAUCUAGUUUCGCCCAGUCAAUGGGGAAUCUUGGAAAGCAGACAACUAUAGUCAAAGAUCUCAUUCUUCAAUAUCAUUGGUUCUUCGAUGCCGAAGAUGAUACCUCUGAAGUGGAAUUGUCUGAAUUAAUAGCUGACCAUGACGGCGUUGAGAACGACGAACUGGAGUCAAACCAUGAUACAUCUUCGUACGUUGAAGUUGAUAGUGCAUCGGCGGAUGGGUCACUAUUUGCUAAUACACGGGAAAGCGAAGAAGGCGAUAUAUUGGGGGAAGACCACGAAUCUUGGGAUUACGGAAAAAAGAUGGAGAAUUCUCAAGAUAAUCGACUGAACGAUGGGAGCAUAAGUAAAUUUGGAAGUUUUAAAAUGAGAAUUGAGCAUAUUGGUGACGAUAGAGACAAAAACGACGAUAGUAUGGACGAUCAACAGACAGAUCAACUGAUUGCUGGAAGUGUCGCGAAUCGGGGGUCAGUAUUAACUGAUGUGACCGAAGAGCAAGAAGAUGAUUUCGAAAUGGUGGAAUAG